GCAGGAAGGACGCGCGGACGGAAGGAGGAGCGGCGCCGAGCCGGAAGGCGGGAGGCGCGUCCGUUGGGCCCGCGGCGCGGCCGGCCAGCCGCCUCGUCGCUCGGGCGGGAGCGGGGCCCGCGCCUCCUCCCCGGCGCCGCGGGGAGGAAGAUGGAGACGCACAUCUCGUGCCUGUUCCCCGAGCUGCUGGCCAUGAUCUUCGGCUACCUGGACGUGCGCGACAAGGGGCGCGCGGCGCAGGUGUGCACGGCCUGGCGGGACGCCGCCUACCACAAGUCGGUGUGGCGGGGGGUGGAGGCCAAGCUGCACCUGCGCCGGGCCAACCCGUCGCUGUUCCCCAGCCUGCAGGCCCGGGGCAUCCGCCGGGUGCAGAUCCUGAGCCUGCGCCGCAGCCUCAGCUACGUGAUCCAGGGCAUGGCCAACAUCGAGAGCCUCAACCUCAGCGGCUGCUACAACCUCACCGACAACGGACUGGGCCACGCGUUCGUGCAGGAGAUCGGCUCACUGCGCGCCCUCAACCUGAGCCUCUGCAAGCAGAUCACCGAUAGCAGCCUGGGCCGCAUAGCCCAGUACCUCAAGGGCCUGGAGGUGCUGGAGCUGGGCGGCUGCAGCAACAUCACCAACACCGGCCUCCUGCUCAUCGCCUGGGGCCUGCAGCGCCUCAAGAGCCUUAAUCUCCGCAGCUGCCGCCACCUCUCGGACGUGGGCAUCGGGCACCUGGCCGGCAUGACGCGCAGCGCGGCCGAGGGCUGCCUGGGCCUGGAGCAGCUCACGCUGCAGGACUGCCAGAAGCUCACGGAUCUGUCUCUGAAGCACAUCUCCCGGGGGCUGACGGGCCUGAGGCUCCUCAACCUCAGCUUCUGCGGAGGCAUCUCGGACGCAGGCCUCCUGCACCUGUCGCACAUGGGCAGCCUGCGCAGCCUUAACCUGCGCUCCUGCGACAACAUCAGUGACACGGGCAUCAUGCAUCUGGCCAUGGGCAGCCUGCGCCUCUCGGGGCUGGAUGUGUCCUUCUGCGACAAGGUGGGGGACCAGAGCCUGGCUUACAUAGCGCAGGGGCUGGACGGCCUCAAGUCCCUGUCCCUCUGCUCCUGCCACAUCAGCGACGAUGGCAUCAACCGCAUGGUGCGGCAGAUGCACGGGCUGCGCACACUCAACAUCGGGCAGUGUGUGCGCAUCACGGACAAGGGCCUGGAGCUGAUCGCCGAGCACCUGAGCCAGCUCACCGGCAUCGACCUGUACGGCUGCACCCGCAUCACCAAGCGCGGCCUGGAGCGCAUCACGCAGCUGCCCUGCCUCAAGGUACUCAACCUGGGCCUCUGGCAGAUGACGGACAGUGAGAAGGUCAGGGGUGGCUCUGACGUGGCCUGGUGGAGCCGCCUGUACCACCUGGAGCACUGGGUACCAUGGACAAAGCCGCUCCUCCCGUCUAGGGCAAGAGGAAGUCGGCACGAGAGCACAAGACGGGGUACGUUGACAUCCCCCGCAAACAAAAUCCAAGUGGAAUUCCUCCAUCUCCUGUUUGUUAACCCAGGAAAGUGCACAUAUUUUCUUAAAAGAAGACUUCGGUUUUUUAUUAUCUCAUCACUCUUCCACUUUGUGUAAAGGACAAAUGCCCCACGUCCUGUGCGUUCGCUUUCAUCCGUGAGAGUGGACAGCACCCCGGGCGCGCAGGCGGCAUGUGGAUGCGGCCCGCGGACGCACGGAGUCUCGACCGUGUUUGGCUUCCCUGUCUCCGGAUUUGUGUUUCCCCAAAGCUGGUGGAUUCGGGACAUUUAAUUUUAUAAACGGGGAAAGAGGCUUGACGAGGGUGAGAGACUGUGCCCGGGUGGCCGCCCCAGGCUUUACCCAUCACCGGGGAGGCCGGUCCCCGGCACGAGGGAGCCGGGGGUCCUUGCCUGCGCUGCUGUCAAGCAGCACCCGACCCCCUGCUUCUGAAGAGAGCCGAGCUACAGCACGUUAUUUUCAUCUGGAGUAAACACCCCGAAUGCUGAAAGUUACUGUUAUGAUUUAAUAAGCAUUACUUAUGCAAACUCAGACGUGUACGUUACUUAUGCAAACCCCUUUUUCAAGGAGCCGGAAAGCUAGUGUGAGGAGUCGGUAAAUGGGCUUAGGGUACCGGGUGGCCCGAGUACGAGUGAGGGUCCAGUCGGUCCCCUGUCGUCCUCAAGCACCUGGGCCAGCUCUCCAGCACUGCUCCGUCAUGAACGGUGACAGACGGACGACGCAAACGCCUCCGUGCUGAGAAGUCACAACUCCACAGGCCCGGGGUUGCCUGUCACAAAGGGGAACUCAGCUGUGGGAGCACGAGGUGUUUUCUCAUCACUCAAGGAUAAAACGUCCUGACUUUACAGAUGUUUUACCUACAAAUCCCUCCUGUCCCGAAAGAGUAAAAGGGUCUAGUCUAGUGUGUUCACAUCAGCACCGCUUCUGAUCCCUGCUCUCUGGGGGAUGUAACCCGCCCUCCAGAGGCUCAGGCCCACUCAUGGCACCAGCAGUGACCCCCUGCCAGAUCAGGGCCUGAGCGACAGGAACGGCACAGACACAGAGGGGCAAGAGCCCAGUCCAGAUUCAUUUCUUAUAAAUAGUGUGGAAUUGCUCCACAUGGUUUGGAAAGCAUUGUUUUCCUCAUCUAAAAAGAUGAUGCAAAUAUUUACUACAAAUGUUUGUUUGUGAUAGUGUUUCUCCUUAGGAAAGGUUUACCCCAAACUGGCAUUUUUAUGCACACGCUUGUGUACGUUUGCGUAGGCAUAACUACCGGCUUCCAUUUUGCUUUUUGAGAAGUGGGCUCUAAAUAGAGAGGAACCCCCAAAACUAGUCCUCUUAUUCCUUAGAAUCUUCAAUAAAAUCACCGAGGCCAAAGCUGGACAGAUGGGUGAAAUAAGGGAGGAACUGGAACAGUUAAACCCCUCAAAUUCUCAGCCUUCUUAGAUGGAAGAUACACUAACCAGGGCCUUCCAUUUUUACCUCAGUGUUUUAAACCUUAGCUUUCUAGCUUCAAAGCCCACUGCUAUGAACUACCAAAAAGAAAAAGAAAAAAGGCCAGUAGGUGUGCCUUGAGCAAACUAUAUGAAAAUACAGCAUUAAAGGGACAACUCCGAGCUCUUCUAGUUCAUUUCGAAUGCACAAAAUUUAGCGUCUUUCAGGGAUCUACGGACGGCCAGGUUCUGCGGCCUGAACGUUGUGGAGCUCCCAGGGCAGCUUCCUGACAUAGCGGGCAGAGAAGCUCUUGGGGUUUUCUGAGCCUGGACUGGAUAGACGACUGGCCUUCCCGGCCUCCCUGACGUCCAGACGGCUAGCCAUUGUGCUCCGAGUCAAAGGGCGACAGGACGUGACCCAUAGCAAGACAGCUGGCCUGUCCUUUCCCCACACACAAGGGUCUAAUGCUGAACGGAAUCACAGGAGGACCCGCGGAAAUUCACUCCGGUAGAGCAGGGCACAGGGUUUCGCAGUGACAGCCUCACCCCUGCUUGCGCCGGAAGCUAAACUGCGUCUCUGUAAGUUAGGAGACAGGUCGCACGGCACCUCGUGAAAGGCAGGGGUGGAAAGUCAAUCUUGCCUCUUGCUGCGUUGUUCCUCGACCUUCCCAUCCCCCGCAAACCCUCUCCCACCUUCUCCCACCCAUUCACCCUCCCUGCGGGGGUGCAGCCCUGCGUCGUGGCCACACCAGUGUCGGAGGCGGGCGUCUGACCUCGUGCUUUCCUUUACCCCAAGUGCACUAAGACGAUUUUAGGAUCCACUGUGGGGCAGAAAAGUAAAGUACGGGUCAUGCAAAACUCCACGUAUUUUUCCACGUGGAAAGACGGACUGUCUUUAUCCACGGCGCCUGCUGCCUCCAAGACCCGUCAGCAGGUGGCAGCAUUGCCUGUGAGCUGGAUGCCCUCCGGCAGGUGCCCCCGGUCGCCUCCCCACAAAGACCUUCCCGGUGUGAGUGAGAGCUGGCGAGACAAUCUCACGUCGCCAAGAAGAUGAAAUGGAAUUUGUAAGUACCGGUGGCAUCAGGGACCCCGGUGCUGGGAACCUCGGUUUGGGAGCAGGUAUCAGGUGCGCCUUCGGGACGGUCCCCUGAUGUAGCUAUAGCAGGAAUCAGACAUCAACCCCCAACUUUUCUUUAAGACCAUCUCAUACAGACCCUGCUGCCAUAUUCGGGGAGUCCGGGAGAACAACCUGGGAAACAGUUUACACUCAUACAUGGAAAUAUGCAUUUUAACAGGAGGAGCAAAAGUGCUGGCUUUUUUUUUUUAUCACACACACACACACACACACACACACACACACAAAGAUAUUAAAGUAUUUUUAGGAGUAUCAAUUUUUAGUUUUUUAUUAUCAACAUGAGUAUCUUCUAAAGGGGCCCACGAAAGUGAGAAUGUUUAAGAGCCCUGAUAAAGCAGAGAGGUUGCUCACAUACCUCAAUUCCUCCCCUGGCAAACAGACAUUAGCAACGGGAAGCAGAAACGAAGAGAAGGAGAAAGAACUUCUGAGCCAACGUGGCCAGAUUCCGGAAAAUGCCACAGCGAGGGACAGGCUGGGGUCUCCUGCCCUCUUGGCCCCGGGGAAUGAAAGCAAGGACCUGAAGGGCAGUUGGUGCAGACGUGGAACAGAAGUGUGGACGGUGGGGGUGGCCGUGUCCCGUGGCUGCUCCUGCCACGCCGUGCCAUCCCAGUGAGGCUCGCCACCAGCACGGGGACACAAAGGUCGUUUCUGGUAAGAAAAUGGGAGAAGAGAAGGGAGAAGCUUCUGGAACUCAGGGCCCAGCACGAAGCAGAUCACCGCUCCUGCCAGCAACCAAGAAGGUCGUAGGAAACCAGAAAACCUCCCGGCAGCUUCGUGGACUCCCAGGCUGAAAUACACUUGUCAGUGACACACAGGACGAAGACAGAUUCAGGGAAACGACCCGGAUAAAGAAAACGGGUGGCAGAGGCGAGCAGAGCGGACACGGAUCGCUCGCGUCAGGCGGAGGGGGCCGUGGCGAUGAACAGAGGCCAGGUGAGGUGAGUGCAGGGGAGGCCAACGGCCAGCAGGCCCGGCCGGUCCCCCGGAGGAGCUGGGAGGGGUGCUUGGGGCCACCAUGUCCGGGAGCAGCGUCCCUGGGCUGCCAGGUGACACCCCCUGUGUCGUGAGGGCCCCCGGCCUGGACCCUGUCCCUCAGUCCUCAGGAGUCGGGCCUCUGGCUCUGUCCCGGCCAGCACCCGAGUCACCCCAAGGAGACAGCUUGUGUUUUAGGUUACGCCCCCAGCCCCGGCCCCAGAGGCCCCGGCGCGGUGAGCGAAGCCAGGCGGCCAGCACCGCACGUGCACACACCCCUCACCUUCCUCUGUCCGCUCCGUCCUCCCCACAAAAGUACAGGGGCCACGCGGCCAUCACCGGCCCUCUGAGGCGGUCCGGCCGGGCCACCCGGUCCCUGAGUCCACGGAGACCACGACGGGGGUGCAAGCUGGCCUGCGCCGGGAGCCAGGCACGCGGUGGGCGCGACCCGGAGCGGACAGGCCCCUCCGUGCAGGCCCCAAGCCCCUGACCCGGCGCCUCGUGCCUGAUGCCGGGAGGGAAAGCCCCACGAGCACCCCACGCCUGGGGGGCCCCGCGCCCUCGGCCGCUCCUGCCUUUGCACCUGCCGUGAACUCGCGGGGCCGCUGAGGCCCUGUGGGCGAGUGGCCGCCGACACCUUCCCGCCUUCCCAGAGCCCAGACGGGCCCGGCUGGCGCUAAUCCACCCGCCGCGCAGCUCAGCAGCUCCGCUCCCCUAAGCCCCUGAUAACGGUUUUACUAAAAUCCUCUUUUGAUGGAAAAAAAUCCCAGCUGGACGUUUCAGGCCUCGCACAAUGUACAGGCCUGCGGGUCCCUUUCCCACCUCACAAAGGCCUCUAAUCAAGUGGAAAAUGUGCUGGAGGCCAGAGGUUGGGUCUGCAAUUAUUUUUUAAGGGAUUACGGAGAAGAAUAGGGGCAACGAGGCCCUCCCCCGCUUUGUUUUCCAUUUGUUCCUGCCCGACAUGCUUGCGGCUGGGGGAAGCCACCCAGAUCUCCGCACACCAGGCCUCACCUCUCCCUGCCCCAUGGAAGGAUGGCAUCUCUGAACACCGCCGCUUCAGGAAGAUUGAGAGAGUCUGGAAGCAACAUGCAGGCCCUAUUCUGACCCCGUUUAAGCCCCUAUUUAUAAAACCACUAUGGAGCGGGCUCCCGUGUGUGGGGAGAGCCCUCAUUCAUUAACCUCUGACCCCGCUCUGUAUGCAGAGGGGAGGGUCCAUACGCUGCUGGGGCCGGGAGCAUUCACUGGGGCUUCCCAGGCUUUGGAGGGCAAGAGGUCGUGUUCCCAAUGUCGCCAGAUCCCCUCCUCCUUAUUUAUAUACACUGACCCUUCCCUCACGCUGAGCAAAUAUCCAGGAAACUCCUAAGGCAAAACACGGAUAAAAGUACAAGACACCAACCAUCUUUAUCAGCCUAUUUGGAAUCUUCGUUUAAAAAUGCACACUACAGAAGGGAGUUUGUCUUCCCUGCACGUCGGGAAGGACCUUUCCUGACGUCAUUCGUGCAGGAACGUUCAUUAAAGAUGGAGUGAUAAAAGGUGAACAUCUCAGGUCGGCCCUCUGUUCUCAUGCUUCUAUACCAGCUGGUCAGCGCUGUAUGCAGAUCCCCAGUAAAAAAAGACAUGAUCGCACAUUCCUAAACUCAUUCUGGGAUGAUCAGGGAUGAGGCUGUUUGGCUCUGAAAGUCAGAGGUCAGCGUAUAUUUCAAAACAAAUACCAGGCUGAGUGAUAAUCUUCAGGUCCUUUCUUCCAAGUCCCUAAAAUGAAAGCAACUGCCAAAAGCAAAACAAUAACCUCUGGCCUAUUUUCAUCAGUAUUUAUGACUUACUGACAUG